AUGCCCGUCAUGACAACUCGUGAUCGUCUGGCCUACAGGGCUGACGAAUCCGGGGACCACAAACUCUUGCCGGAGAGAGAGAAGGAAAGGAUGCUUGAGUCCUAUCUUCCCAAACCCAACGAUCCCCCAUCGACUAUCACGAGUUCUCGACCUCAGCGAAGAUCGCGCUUGGGACUCCGUCGCUUCCUCCUUAACCAGAUCCAUGUCCUCAUAUUUGCCGUUAUGCACGGAAUCUUCUCUCUCUACAUCAAGUUGCGCCAAACGUGGAACGUCGUGGGCUACCAGGUCUCGUCCGUCGUCAAAUACCACCAUGGCACGCCGCAAUACAUCAAGAAGGAUUUGCUGGGUCUUUCAAAGAAGCCCAAGCACCUGAGCGUCAUCCUCAAGCUCGAGGAGAACCAUCGCACAAAAGCCGAUGUCGAACGACUCCUUGACGAAGUAGCCGAGAUUGCGACAUGGUGCGCCUGUGCCGAAAUUCCAAUGCUUUCUGUUUACGAAAAGACAGGGAUCCUCAAGAAGCACAUGCCUCGAGUUUGUGAUACUGUUAACCAAAAAUUCGCUUUCUACUUUGGCUCUGAACAUCCUGGUCUUACUGUCACAUCCCCCCACAAGGAUGACUUCUCGUCACCCUUUGGCGACAAUAUCAAAGAGCAUCUGCGCCUACACCUUAUUUCCGAGCAAGAUGGUCGUGACUCUAUGGUUGAUCUCACCCGUACCCUGGCCGAGAUGUCUCAGAGGGGCAAGCUUUCUCCUCGUGACAUCUCCACAGAGCUGAUUGAUGCUGAGCUUUCAGAAGGUAUCAUGGCUGAGCCUGAUCUUUUGCUCACUUUUGGUCCUUAUCUCGAGCUUUCAGGAUACCCUCCUUGGCAGAUUAGGUUGACCGAGAUCUUCUGCCUGCAGGACAACGAGAGGGUCGGAUACGAGGUCUUCCUCAAGGCCCUGCAACACUAUGGCCGGGCUCAGAUGCGUCACGGUAAAUAA